UCCACAUAAAUAUAAUUACAUAGCAAAGCGUGUAGAUCGAAUUAUAAUCGGUUUACUAGUCCGCGUGGAAGUAUGUUUGUGUGUUUGUAGACAACAUGUUGUGUCGCCGAUUAAUUGUGUUAUUUGUGUUUAUUGUUUGUUCUUUAGGUCAAAAUGAUGACGGACCAGCUAGCCACAAAAGGGUAACGAGCGGUAGACUUAAUGAAAUCGAAUGGACACCACACGUAAAAGAAUAUACUGGACUACUUAAUUCAAAGUGCGUGCAGCAGUACCUGCGAAUCUACAUAACAAGAGUCAUUCCACCUAGAACCUACUUAUACAACCAUGAAGUCGUUGCAAACUCCUACCCACAGGACUUCUACGGCGAUGGCAGCGUCGAUAUUGGCUGGCGAAUAGUCGGAGGUCAUUAUGUGGACAUAAAAUCCGUUCCGUACCAGGUUCUAUAUGGCAAGUACUGCGGUGGGACGCUCAUAGCUCCUGAGUGGGUGAUCACCGCAGCACACUGUAAAGAAAAAGCGGAAUUUGUAUAUGCCGGAUCGACAUAUCGCAGCAAGGCACAGCCCUACAAAAUUUGUUCUCAUUUCACCCAUCCCUUGUGGAAUCAGUCCAGUCUCCACACUCAUGACUAUGAUUACCAGCUCAUUCUACUGGAAAAACCUGUCCCCGUCACAGCUACCACAAGGCCCAUCGCGAUUGGCAAUAUUGGGGACGUCAGACCCGACGUCAUGAUUGGGGUUAGCGGAUGGGGACAUUUAUCAUAUAGUAAGAAAAGCCGCAUGCAAGACCAUUUGCGACGAGUAUUUGUACCAGUGAUGGCAGACGAGCUCUGUCGAGAGAUGCCCGACGGCAACUAUAACAUGAUUACACCAAGAAUGUUCUGCGCUGGAUACAUCAAUGGAACUAAGGAUUCGUGUCAGGGUGACUCGGGUGGACCAGCAGUAGUUAACGCAAAAUUGGUUGGCAUAGUGUCAUACGGUGUCGGAUGCGCCGGUGCGGGACACCCUGGCGUCUACAGCCUUGUACCCGUAGCCAGGCGAUGGAUACGAAGUGUCACCGGUUUACCUUUGUAAUAAAUCAUGCCCAUA